AUGCUCUCCACAGCACCAGCCGCGUAUUCCACCUCCUUCGCCGCCUUUCCCACCCUCGCGCGGCGCCGGCACCGGCACCGCCGCGUUCUGCUACCGUUCGCCGCGGCGACUGACGGGGCGGAGCGGUUCGCCGCGAGCAGCUCCAUUGCGGAUUACCUCCGGUACCGCCGCCCGAUGUCCGGGGACCUCUCCGUGGGAGGGGGUGGCGGCAAGCUGCAGACGGCCGUGGUGCGGUACGAGAAGCGGUUUCCAUGGUCGCUCAUCCACCCUUUUCUCCGCGUUGAUUUGGUUUCUACUGUACACAUUGCUGACAAAGAAUAUUUCGAUAAACUCCAACAAGCACUUGAAGGCUAUGAUUGUGUUCUGUAUGAAAUGGUGAUAAGUCGGGAUAAUUUAAAUAACCAGCAGGACCCAACGUUUGCGAAGAAGCUGAGAUCUUCGCGCAAAGGUUUCAGUAUUCUUGGUUUCAUACAGAAACAAAUGGCUCGUAUCCUUUCAUUGGAUUACCAGCUAGAUUGCCUUGAUUACGGCGAUGAGAAAUGGCAACAUGCUGACCUUGACUAUGAGACAUUCAAGCUGCUUCAGGGGCACACGUUCGGUAAGCCAAAAGGUCAAAUGAAGACUGAAAGAGGUGAAAGCUUUCUCACAUUUGCAGUGGACAUGACCCUGAAAUCAACUAAAGCCUUGGUACAACCAACUUCUCCAGAUGGUCUUGAUUUCUGGAGAUCCAAGUUGCUAUGGGCCUCGCGUGUUCUACCAAUGCCACUUAUUGGACUAUUUGUUAUCACUGGGCUUUGUUUGCCAGUGGAUAAGCAAGAUGGAUAUCCCGAGCUGGAAGCAUUAUCCAAACUAGAUUUAGGAGCUGCUCUUAAGAUUUUUCUGGCUAAGCAAUUGACCUCCGAUUUCAAUGCUAUGACUGCACCUGCUGAGGAUAAGUCAGUUAUAAUUGGGGAAAGGAACAGAGUUGCAACUGAGAAGAUAAAGGGCGCGAUAAACCGAGGGUACAAGAGAAUAGCAGUUCUGUACGGAGGUGGGCAUAUGCCAGACCUUGGAAGACGUCUUCGAGAAGAGCUAAAUAUGGUCCCAUCCAAUGUGCAAUGGGUCACAGCAUGGUCAAUAAGAAGCCGGGAGCUAGAUAAAAAAUCGCUUCCAUUUUUGAAGACGAUGGCUGAGGUUUCAGGGUGGCCUUUGAAUAGAUAUGAAACACUUGCUUUGCUAAUCUUUUCUUCAGUUCUUGCAGUGGAUCUAUGGUUUUGGGAGUUUCUCGUGGAAAGCAGUCUGAAUUGGGCAUCUUUGGCUGGUUCCUGGAUUGAUCAAUGUAGUGCUCCAUUUUGA